UCAUUUCAGGAGAUCAAACAUCUGGCAGACCCGAAUUGAACUUCGUGUCAGUGGUGUGCACACAGCUAGGACACCGUCUUCCACAGCGCCGAGGCAGCGGAUGGGGGCAGCACUUCCACUGCUGAUCGCCUCGUUAGGCUGAUGCUUGCUCGUGAGAUUCCAGGCCACGUCUUCACUUUGACUUCUGGCUCAGAGGAAUCCGUGUGCGGGGCUGCACCGUGUCGGCCCUCUGGUCAGGGCAGCUCCCAGAACUGUUGGAUCUCCCAGAAGCAGGGAGCGGAUCACUGCUGCUGCCCUGGCUGGCCUCCCCCAGGCUCCUGUGACCUCCACUGGACAUCCUGAGAUUCCCAGCUGGAAGACGGGUCUGCCUCACACUUGCCUCGUGGCUCUCUGGGACGGAUGCUGUUUCCUGCGAACCUUGUGUACGAAGCCAUCGACACCCGCGAUGGAGCGUCCUGCGCAGAGCUGGUGUCUUUCAAGCACCCGCAUGUCGCGAACCCCCGGCUGCAGAUGGCUUCUCCAGAAGAGAAAUGCCAGCAAGUUUUGGAGCCACCUUAUGAUGAAAUGUUUGCAGCUCAUCUAAGGUGCACGUACGCUGUGGGGAACCAUGACUUCAUAGAGGCAUACAAAUGCCAGACGGUGAUCGUCCAGUCAUUCCUGCGAGCGUUUCAGGCCCACAAGGAAGAAAACUGGGCUCUGCCUGUCAUGUAUGCUGUAGCGCUUGACCUUCGCGUGUUUGCCAACAAUGCAGACCAGCAGUUGGUGAAGAAAGGGAAGAGCAAAGUUGGGGACAUGCUGGAGAAAGCGGCCGAGCUGCUGAUGAGCUGCUUCCGCGUGUGCGCCAGCGACACUCGUGCUGGUAUAGAAGAUUCUAAGAAGUGGGGAAUGCUGUUCUUGGUGAAUCAGUUAUUUAAAAUUUACUUUAAGAUCAACAAACUCCAUCUGUGUAAACCCCUGAUCAGAGCCAUCGACAGCUCAAACCUGAAAGAUGACUACAGCACUGCCCAGAGAGUGACCUACAAGUACUACGUCGGCCGCAAGGCCAUGUUUGAUAGUGACUUCAAACAAGCCGAGGAGUACCUGUCCUUCGCCUUCGAGCACUGCCACCGCUCCAGUCAGAAGAACAAGAGGAUGAUUCUCAUCUACCUGCUCCCCGUGAAGAUGCUGCUGGGUCACAUGCCAACCAUUGAGCUCCUGAAGAAGUACCACCUCAUGCAGUUUGCCGAAGUAACCAAAGCUGUAAGCGAGGGCAGCCUGCUCCUGCUGAACGAGGCGCUGGCGAAGCACGAGACCUUCUUCAUUCGCUGUGGCAUCUUCCUCAUCCUGGAGAAGCUGAAGAUCAUCACCUACAGGAACCUCUUUAAGAAAGUGCGCAUCAGCAGGGAGCUGGAUCAGAAGAGGAGCAGCUGGGACUUGAACUGUACGGGAUGCCUGCACUGGAGGUGGCAGCUUUAUGCCACAGCGCCAGCCCUGAAAAGACACAAUUGGAUGGUUCUUACUUUCAGAGUAUCUGGUACCUGCUGCUCAGGACACACCAGCUGUCUCUGGAUGCUUUCCUGGUGGCCCUCAAGUUCAUGCAGGUGGACGACGUGGACAUUGACGAAGUGCAGUGCAUCCUGGCCAACUUGAUAUACAUGGGUCACAUUAAGGGCUACAUCUCGCACCAGCACCAGAAGCUCGUCGUCAGCAAGCAGAACCCCUUCCCGCCGCUGUCCACCGUGUGCUG